AUGGACAAGCCCUUCUCUCCCCCUCCGAAUAUCUUUCGUCCUCGUCGAUCGGACGACUGGCAUGAAUAUCGCGAAACUAUCGAACAGCUCUACCGAAAUGACCAGCUGAAACUGCGCGAUGUGAAACGCAUCAUGGAGCGCGAUUACAAGUUCUAUGCCUCAGAAAAACAAUACAAAGAUCGUCUCGCGGCGUGGCAUGUCCGGAAGAAUAUCAAGGCCAAAGAGGUUCACAUUAUGCUUCGCAAGCAACAGAAACGCGCCGCCCAGGGGAAGCAGACUGCUUUCCGGGUGAAUGGCCAAAACGUCGACCCUAAGCGUAUCGCUCGCUUUGUACGUCGCUACGGUACAUCUUGGGAUACGAACCGAAAGGAAGCGGAAACAGAGCCUCAAAGCCCUGAACCUCAAACCCCCUCCGACAUGACUUGCUACACCCCAGAACCAGCAGAAGAAUCAAGCGCCACAACACCCAUCUCCCCACUCCCAGAAAUGCAUUCACCAAGAGAGAUGCCCUCGUUCCCACUCGGCUCAUACGGUAAUUCCAGCUCGGACUCCAGGAUGAGCGUCAUGCCGAAUGAUAUUGAUGCCCGGUAUCUAUCUCUAGACCCCAACCACCUCGAAUCCAUCCCGGACCUGAUCAUUGACGACGAUCCGGCUAUGCCGUUGACUAUGCCUCGUCACGGGCAUGGUCAUGGCCAUGCGCAGAGUCAUGGACAUGGACAGAGCCAUGCACAGAGCCACGGCCAGCAUGGCUUCUAUCACCACAAUGCUGGCGUUGGUAUUGGUGCUGGUACUGCCAUCGGCGUGGGUAAUCAUAUCUCGCAUAGUAGCCAUGGUUCGUCGCAUGUUAGUCAUGGUUCGCAUGGUUCGCAUGGAUCUCAUGGAUCUCACGCGUCGCAUGCUUCGGGACAUGUUCCUCUUUCUUUGCCGCAUCCGCAUUCGCACUCGCAGUCCCAUUCGCAUCAGUCUUUGCAUCAGCAUCAUCAGCCUUUUCAGCAGCACGCUGCACCUGUGCCUGUGUCUAUCCCGGCCGCUGCUCCCGCUCCUGCGCCCGUACAGGGUAAUUCGGCUUCCGCUUCUAGGGAUUUGGAAGACGCACCCGGUGAAGUGGAUGUCCAUCCGCCUGACUGGAAUACCAUCGAGUCGUUCCAGACGAGGUUGCAGGGGUUGGAUUAUACGCUUACGCAGACUAUGUCGAAGUGGGCUAGGGAGGCGGAUCCUAAUCAGGAGAUCCCUCAUCAUGAGGGCUUGGGGAUGUGA